GAAUUGGCUAUUUGUUUGGCGGUCCAUAUAGUCGCAUGUCCUUAUUAUGGAUACUGAAGACUCACUCGAGAAACUAAAGGAUGUUGAUAAAGUUUUAGAAUUAGUGAAGAAGUUGUCAUCAUCAGAUAGUAAUGUCUCCCAGAUGGCCUGUAAGGAAGCUGAUUCUUUUCUUAAGGAGAAAUGUACAAAUGGUUUUGAUAAAGUGGUUGUAAAUAAAGUGAACAAACAGUCAAUAAAUCCAGAUUACUCUGGAAAAACUGAUGAUGUAACUGCUUUCAUGUCAGCAGUUGCACAGGAUGCACAAGAACGGGCCCAGCGACGAGCUAGACAACGUGAAGAGGCAGACAAACUUAAAGAUCGCGCCAAUACAUUUUUUAAGGCUGGAAAUUGCAAAAAGGCUGUGGAUUUGUAUACAAAAGCGAUCGAUUUGGCGAAGGAUUACGAUAUUCUGUAUACAAACAGGGCCCAGGCAUAUCUUCGACUUGGUCAACCUGAUCUAGCAUUGAAGGACUGUGAUACUGCCUUGUUACUCUUUCCAGAAGCUCCACAGUUAAGUCCUACUGGAGAACCUCUAAAACAUAAUGACAAUAUUCUCUCGAAUCCGCGUUUGGCAAAGGUCCACUUGCAUCGAGGGAAAGCUUUAAUGUCACUCAAUCGACCGGCUGAUGCGCUUGCUGCUUAUUCGUUUUCACGUUUUUACUCUUCAUCUAAGAAUGACAAGUGUGUUUCAGUAAAGCCGAAUGAAGAAAAAUGGCCUAAUUAUUUGGUAGAAUAUGUGGCUCAGGCUGAAGCUGCCCUUGCUGCUCAAAAAGCAGAUGCAGAAGCAGAAGCUAAUUUCGCCGAGUCAGCAAUAGGAUUCACUUCUGGUUUGAAUGAUAACCAUGAAAACAUUUCUUCGAGUCAACAGUUGUUAUGUCUAUUAGCUCAAUUGGCUCGGAGAAAUCAAAAUUCAAGGUACUAUAGUGCAGGGUUACGCCAUAUGAGUCGUCUGUUUACUGAUGCUCCGAAGUCACUACCUACAACUGUCAAUGAAGUCAAAACUACGAAUCUAGACGUGAAAACUGAGUCUCUCGAGGCCAUGAAACAUUCUCCUGAGAAGACAAAGUCUAAUAAGAAACGAAAGAGUAGUGAGCUUCACACAUCCAUAUCGGAACAGUCAGAAACUACCAAAACCUCUACAAACCAUAAUCCACAAACAGAAACACUUUCUGACUUACAAACAAUAUUUCGCAUAAAAAGUGGAUUUACCCUCCUGGAUAAGGAAGUGAAUGUAAUCUAUGACAUUUUAAAUCUUGAUGCAUCUAAACAAAAUGCUUCGAAUAGAAAUUGUACACAGAUUAAUGUGGAAGCUGAAAAUGUUGCUAAUAAUAAUGAGUCAAAGCAUUCAAUGUUAGAUGCAUCGGAAAGAAUGCUUGCAUUACUCAAUUUAACAAAUCAACUUACCAUUGAUUGCGCAGAGAAUCAACGACUACUAAUUGAACGUCAGCCUAAUCUAAUUAAACUUGCUUUAAUUUGCCUAAAUAUGUCAUCAGAUUUUGUUCAGCAAAUCACUUGUUCCACAACAACAACCAAAGAGAAUAACAAUUCGUCGGGUGCAACUGUAGAAAAACAACGCAGUUUCCACAUACUGGGUUCACUUAGACUAGCUGCCUGCAACUUAUUUGUUACACUGUCGUCGUUGCCGAGUGGUCGACAGUCUUUAUUAGAUCUGUGUGGAUCUGGUCCAAUCUUAACUGGAUUAGCUAGUUGUUUGUCAGCAUCAGUCUCUUCAUCUCAAGGGAAUACUUCUCCAUCUCCUGUAUAUGCAUCAAGUUUGGCAGAUGCAGCACGUGGAUUAAUUGCUCGUGUAUCCUCUGGAGGUGGUAAUAAUUCAGUCCAUACAGUAAAUAAUAAUAAUGUUGACCCGUUGAAAUGUAAUUCUGCUUCAUCUGCAAUGUCUGUUGUUUGUGCUGCUAAAGCUGCACAGAUAUUAGAAUAUUUAACUGAGAGUUCAAGAUUUUUGAUACUUGCUCGAUCUUCUACUGAUGGAUUACAAGGCCUACUGUUAAUCAUUGAAUCAGCUUUAGCUUCAUCUUCGCCAACUACUCCUAACCAGUCAUCUUCAACUACAUGUCAUUGUUUGGCUACAUUGUUAGACAGUCUGGGAAAUGCUUGUCAGGAUGCAACUUUUCAAAAAGCUGUUCUACAAAGCCGUCAAACUCUAUUAUUCGGACUUGCUGAUUGUCUUUCACGCCAUACUCCAUUAUUGAAUGACCCAAAUCACGCUCAUUUAAUUGGUUCAAUAUGUCGAUUACUGCAUAACAUUUAUGUGGGACAAUUAGAUCGGUCAGUUAAAAACAAUAAUAAUAACAACAACAAUCGCAGAAAUAUCAAUGGUCUAAGCAUAAAUGCUAAUGAUACAGAUGAAGAUUGUACAACCACCUUCUGUUUAACAUCAAGCAAAUUAAUCAAUUCUAUACUGAAUGGGAUCGGUGCUAUUCUAGAUAAAAUUGGUCAUGGUCCAGAAUUAAGAGCUAUUGCUAUCGCGCUAGCUGGACGACUUCUGCCAUUAUGCUCCCAUGAUAAUAAACAGCUAUCCUCUUGGUUCGGAGAACGUACUGCAUCAGAGUCAAGUGUUCACGUGCCAUUAAGUGAUUUGCCGUCACGUACACGGUUGCUUAUUGCUGUUUUAGACAGUUGUUCAGCAGAUUCAUAUUGGAAGAAUAAUCUUCAAAAAGUAUCAACGAAUAAUCAAAAUGCAAGUGAAAAUACUUCAGAAUCCAAAGGAACAAAUAGUAUAUCAUCACAUUUAAUCAAUGGAUGUAUACGCUGUUUAGCUGCUGGUACCAGUCAUUCAAUAUCUUUACGUUAUAUCAUUGGAGAUGACAGACGCCGUGUAAGACGUUUAGCGCGAUUUAUUCGUGUAAGGCUACCUUUUACUGCAACUGAUAAUAAUAGAAAAUCGAAUACUCUUCGAACACCACCCCGAGAUGAACCAUUAGCAGGAAAUGUUUGUCUUAUUUUACAGCAUUGUGCCACAGAUACGCCGUUGGCUGAACAUCUUCAAGGCACUUCAGUAAUUUAUGAUUUAUUAUCACUAAUACAGGAAAGUAAAAGGUUAGACACCAAAAGAAACGCAGCAAUUCUAGUGGGUAAAUUGGCUCAAUCAAGUCAAGUACACCGUGAUGAAUUAUCACGUUUAGAUGGUUACAGUGUACUGACACCUUUCAAUUCAUGGACUGCAACAUUGGAACGUUGUUAGACAAAUACGAACAUGUACUCUAGAUGUCUUUCACAUUACAACCGAAGUCAUUUCAAGGGCACUUUCCCUUCCCGGUCAAAUAAACAAACAAGCAACAAUGUGUGACAAUAUUUUUCAAGUCUCUUUAUUCGUUUAUUGUUUCACUUUUGAAUGUUGUUCAAAACAUUGUCUCCACACGGAGAAGCCUUGUUUUCUUUUCAACUUUAUUGUACACUUUUAAAAUGUUGGUUUCUUACACAAACUUAUGUGAUACGUUGUAGUUAAUCAUUUAUAUGUUGAUAUGUAAACAUUACAAAAUAGAAUGUCACACACACAGACAGACACUAAUGCAGAACAGACAGCUGUCUGGGCAUAUUAAGAUGACAAAUAAAACAGCAAACGUUGAAUUUC